AUGAAGAAAUUUUACCUGCUUAUCUCUACCAUCCUCAUUCUUGCCAGCUAUGCAUAUGCCGGCCCAGUGGGCUACGGAAUCUGUCAGGCCGGUUGCGCAGCUGUUGUGAUGGCCUGUUACUCAGCGGCAGGCUAUACCUGGGGUGCCACACUCGGUGCUACAGCUCCGGCAUCUAUAGUGGCCUGCAACACGGCUUUCGGGACUUGUUGUGCUCACUGCGCUGCCACUCUCUUGAUACCAACACUUUGA